CAUUCACGCGCGUUUCUGACCGAACACUUCGAGGGACGGACUGUAAACAACGUGAAUGAAAGCUGUUUCAACCGAUGGUUUCAACGUAGGAAACUUCACUCUUGGGUUCAGAUGGAAGGUGAACGUUUGUAGUCGUGUUAGAAAAGAUCCACUGUAGUCAUGGUGCUGAAGAUCUUCUUCCCGCAAUGCUGCAACCGAGCUGACAGCGGGCUGCUGGUGGGCCGCUGGAUCGCUGGUCAUGACUCGGCUGUGGUUCUAGCGGUCAUCCACUACCCGUUCAUCCCUGGACAGGUGAAGCAGUACAUCCAGCAGAUGCAGGCUCAGAGCGGGGUGGAGCUGUCUGUCCUUGGCUCCUGGAGUUUACCCAAAGAAGGUCAAGAGGGAUUGGAGAGCUUCCUGAGGGACCUGAGCACCAUCUUCCCUCAGGAACGUUGGCUCCAGAUCAGUCGUCAGAUGGGAAAGACAGGCUUCACCUGUGAGGUGCUCAGCCGCGAUCAGAGUGAGAAACUCAACCUACUCACCUUCAUUUUUUUAUCCGGAGGGUCAGCUCGGCGAAGCAACGAAGCAGAAGCAAAGAAAGAGAGCAAGGAUGGAUGUGAUGGGGAGGAGGAAGCUGAAGAGAAGGUGAUCUUUGUUCACUAUGAGCAGAGGAAGGUGAUGCUGUCGCAGCUUCAUCCCAUAGCGAAUGAAAACCCAGAGAACAAAAGUGAACCCUCGACUGAGCUGAGGGAGAUGUUUCAGACGGUGGCGCACAGUCAGCCGCUCUUCUUCCUCGACAAAUACGACGACGGGCUGCUGAAGUCGACUCACUGGCAGUCUGAAGGCAGAGAGGCCAGCAUCAUCGUGGAGCUGAUGAAACAGGCCUCAGUGCCUCUCUGCAUUUUCAUCAGCUGGCUGCUCUCUGUGUGGACGUGGACCUGCAACAUCUGGAUCUUCAGUGUUUUCCCGCUUUGCUUCCUGUCCUCUAUACUGUCCACUUUUAUCCAGCUCAGCUACAGGACAGAGCACAUGAGGACGCUCAGUUCGCCUAAAUCAGCUGAAGGUCACACCCAGUUCAUGAGGAAGGCUAACAUCCUAGUGUCGGUUCUGGUGGACGUGGCCCUUGGCGUGUUUCUCAUGUCGUGGCUCUACAGAGACGAUCACAUCUCCAUGCUGGCCGACGCCCUGGUUCCUGCUGCUGACCAUGUGGCUCAGCAACUGGAGGAGCUGCUGCAGUGGCUGAUGGGAGCUCCAGCUGGGCUGAAGAUGAACCGGGCUCUGGACCAGGUUCUGGGCCGCUUCUUCCUUUAUCACAUCCACCUCUGGAUCAGUUACAUCCACCUGAUGGCGCCAUUCAUUGAGGGGAUCCUGUGGUACGGAGGUCUGUCAGCCUGCUUCGGGCUGACCUUUGCCCUUUCGCUGCUGUCUGACAUGGUGGCGCUGUUUACUUUCCACAUCUACUGUUUCUACGUCUAUGGAGCCAGGUUAUACUGUCUGAAGAUCUACGGCCUCUCAUCUCUCUGGAGACUCUUCAGGGGGAAGAAGUGGAACGUCCUGAGACAGAGGGUGGACUCGUGCUCCUACGACCUGGACCAGCUCUUCAUCGGGACGCUGCUCUUGACCAUCCUCCUGUUUCUGCUGCCCACCACGGCUCUCUACUACCUCGUCUUCACUCUGCUGCGGUUGGUGAUUGUGCUGUUUCAGGGCAUUCUUCAUCUCAGCGUAGACUUCAUCAACUCCUUUCCCCUGUUCGCUGCCGGCCUGCGUGUUUGUCGGUCUUACAGACUAGCAGAAGGUGUAAAGUUCAGGGUUCUGUGUGAAGAGCCGGGUACCGCCCUGCACCUGCUGAUGGAGAUUAACCCUCUGAAGUUCAGCUCUGUGGUUCGGACCUACCGGACCCCGACCUACAGCUGCUACCCCAAAGACUCGUGGGCUGCUCUGGUGAAGAAACUAUUCAUCGGGGAGCUGAUCUACCCCUGGAGACACAAAACCACCAAGACGGACUGAGAGCUGGAGGAGAGGAGGAGAGAUGGGGGGGGAGGCUGUAUAUGAUGAGAUAAAGAAUGUAAUGCUCUGUGGGAAGAACGUGACAGGAAGUGAAAACUGCUGACUCAUCGAAUGUGAGAUUUUCUGAUCAGCUUGAGUGACAUAUGUGAAGUCUGGCUUGUCAGAACACAGAAACCCCAAAACAGAAAGUAAGAUCGGUGAAAGUGCCCUCAGACUUUCCCUGCACUUGGUUUAAUAUUUUUAGCAGUGCUAAUAAGAUGUGAACACUCCCGGUGCCGUAGUUCCACUGCCUAACAAAAAUGUGAACAUUCAUUAGUUAAAUAGUUUUCACACACUGCUUCAUGCAGAACUGAAAACUAAUUAGCUCCUUUUGUACAAACAAAACCUAAUGCUGGUGCUGUAGCGAGCUAAGUCUUAAAACCAUCUCGAUCUGGACAUCGGACAUUUGAGCCUUUCAAAGAACUUCGUUUAGUGUGUUUUAUUUUAAACAUCAGCUGUUUUGACUUUAGUCAGGACCAGACCAAGUCUUUUUAUUUUCAAAGCUUAAAAUGAUGAAUCAGAAGUUAAUCUCACCUUUUUUUUACCGUUAGGUUUCUUAAACACCAAAACCCAUAUUUCUGAAUUCUUGGCCUUUUUCGUUUUUGUUCAUCUUAACUCAUCUCAGCCAAUCGGAGACAGCGGACGGCUGGUCACAUGACGCAGCAUGACCUUCUCCUUGGUCAGCGAGCAGCAUGAAGGUAUGUUUUGCCUCUUUGCGCUGCUGAAAAACAAAAGAUGGUCCAACUGAGUUUAAAGGAGUGCAAAGAACCAGCAGCUGCAGGAAGCUGUUUAGCCUUCCUGAAGAUUUUACGCUUGUUAUUUUUAACCCUUUUGUGUUUGUAUCAGAAACAUAUUGUGCCAUUUUUAGGCAUAUUUAUGAGUUUUAUUCUUGAAAAGUGUCAAAACGAUCAGUAUCACUUUUCUGAAUGUAAUACAGAUCCAGUCUGUUUCUAAGGAGCGGGGCUGAGCAGUAUCAGCCUGGUUUCAGAUUUAUCAGAAAAACAGCAUCACACAAUCCAAAAGUGCCAAACGAGUGUAGGUAACAGCCUCGUGAGGCUUUUCUCACCUCGCUACAGAGAUGUUGAUGCUUCCUGUUUGUUCUCAAACUAAAAAUAAGCUCUUAAGUAGGACACAGACUCUCUGAAGGAUUUGGAUACCUGAGGUAGAAGAGAUGAGUCUUGUAACUUCUGAUUGUGGCUGAGUGGAAAAUAAUCCAACAUUUAUUUGUAACAAACAUGUCCUAAAAUUAAUUCAUGGCGUUUUACUUUAAACUCUUAGUUGUUUACUUUAAAGCCCCAUUAAAUGAAUUCCCGUGACGUGUUUUGAUCUAAAUGUCGGUCUGCCUUCUUGGGUGUUUAAUGUCGAGUUUUUGUUGCUUCUUGACAAACUGAUCCUUGAAUCUGCUAAAUGAAAGUCAAGUACUGAUGCAUUAACUGCACUUAAUCUGUCAGAAUUUGUGGUCUUUGUCUAUCCUUGUUAAUUAUUAAUAACACUGAAACCAAACUAACCUUGUGAAUUUUAUUAUUACAUGUCUUAAAGGUGUGGAACGCUGAAAAAACAUUUUUAAUCUUAUUUCUGAUUAUAGUCACUGAGUGUUUCAUGCAGGGUGAACAUGAAAAUAGUCUCCUACACCUAUCUCCUGCAUUAGCUUCUGAUAGAAAAUACACGGUGAAACUCUAGGAUUAGAAAAUCCUGACAGAUCUACGUCACACUGUCACUUAACAUUCAUGGACCCACCCAUCUCAACUCACGACAGGGAUGGCUGUUUUUGGUUUAGCAUCCAGGAAACGGCAGAGAACGUCUCGGCUAGUAGAAGCUACCUGUUAGCAUUAGAAACUCCACCACGCAGCAGAACUCCUCCUUGCUUGUGUUAUUUGUAGAGAUAAAACAUAAACUUUGCAAGUCAGUGAUAUGUUGCAUUGCUGUUAGCCAAUAAGAGGUGAGAUAUCCAAAUAUAAUGAAGCAAUACUCCAAAACCAGCUGUCUGAAGCUCAGUUGUGUUCAGGCUCACUUCUAGUUCCUGAAAAUGGUGCAACAGUGUAUUUCUUCCCCAGUGUUCAACUCACAAGGCAUUCAUUCCUUCUAGAGACCUCUACAAAUGAUUAGGUAGUGUUCAACACCUUUAAAAUAUUUAUUUGUAUCUUGAAGAUUUUCAGUUUUAUUUAAUUUCUUGCUUUAUGUCUGUUGCCUUUUUUCUCUGAUGAACUAAUUUCUACUCUGUCUGUUACAGAAGAGUGUUUUAUGUGAUCCUUUAUUUAGAAAUAAACGCCAUCUUUAAAUAUG